AGAAAACUAAUGUUACAAAAGUGGUAGAAGGUAAACAAGCGUGGAAAUUAUUCCGAUAGCAGUUCUGCGAGCAUCUAGACGAGAGGGCACGGGGAGGUAAAGCCCGGGAACGAGGAUAGAGCGGCGGCACCAAGCCCGAGAUGCCGAUGCAGUGACAGAAAAGUCGAGGCGAGAUCCGUAGGUCGGUUAUGGCAAAGCCUAACAAAAGAAGAGCGCGUAACGCGUUCCCCGGAAUUCGCUCCUGGCCGAGUUUUCGCCUAAUGCCACCUGGUGCAGCGUGCUGAUUCUCGCCUCUCACGUGUUGGCGCGCAUUAAUGACAUGCAAUUUUGCAACGUAGCUUUGCCAGGAGUCCUUGGCGCUGGAAACUAUAUAAACGGACCGCUUAUAAUUGGCGAGGCUAGCUGGAAGAUUUUUAACCGAGCAGGAUGUCGUGCCGUACCGUAGCUGUGAUCUGUGUUGCUCUCUGUGGUGUUGCCCUGGUCACCGGGGACUAUCAGCUUCCGGCGAGCGUGAAAACAUGCAAAAAGGACUCCGAAGACUUUUCAUCGUGCUUGAGACUUGCCAUUCAGGAAGCAUGGCCCACGAUCGUCCAAGGUCUGCCCGAGUUCGAAUUGCCACCCUUGGAUCCAUACCUCACCGAGACGUACGAUACCAAUUAUGAAAAUGGCCAACUGCGUGGCCAGUUGAGCGCCAAGAACGUCCGAACCUACGGUCUCGCCAAAGCUCGUUUCCUGUCCGUAAAACCGGAAAUCGCCGACGAUUUCUUCCGCUUGGAAAUCGAUCUCGAUUUACCAAAGAUUUUCAUCGACGGCGAUUACAAAGCUGCGGGAUCUCUGGGCUCUUUCAAAGUGGGCGGCGAAGGAGUCUUCAACAUCAGCAUGGAGGACGUGAGAUGCACGUGGGACAUUUCAGGGCACGUAGCCGACGAUAGAUGGAAAGUCGAACACUUUAUACUGACGCCUGUAAUCGGAACCAUGAAAAUCUGGUUCAGCGAUCUAUUCAACGGAAACGAGGAAAUGAACCGUGCCGCCAUGCUCUUCGUCAACGAAUAUUGGCCAGUGGUGUACCGUGGCAUGCUACCAAAAAUGAUGGAAGCGUGGGACGUGUAUCUCACCGAAGUAGUGAAUCGUUUCUUCUCCAAGAUAUCGUUCUCUACGGUCUUCCCUUGAGACACCCUAAAUCUAUAGCAAAUAAUUAGAAGCGAAUCGAAGAAGGGACGGAUGAGAGAUGGAGCUGGAGCAAACGGAACCGAUGGAUAUACUUAAGAUUUUACAACGCGAGCGAUACCAGUGAUGCUCGAAAGUACCGAUUUUUGCAUUUAAACGAUGUGGUUAUCGAGACAAUUUUAACAAACAGAGCUGAAGAGCAAUGCUCGCUGUUAUCGAAUGAAAUCAGUCAGUGGAUGUAAAUAAACCAAUACCAAAUA